UCUCCUCAACCCUCAUCAUCUCCUCAACCUACCACCACCACCUCUAAGUCUACAACUACUCAGAAACCUACCACCACUUCUGUAAUCACCACUACAGCAGUGAACUGCCUGAAUGGAGGGUCCUGGAACGGGGAAAUCUGCCUUUGCCCCAAUGGCUUCACAGGGAAUCUCUGUCAGGAUAGAGUCCCCGUUGUCAUCUGCCAGAACGGAGGCUCUCAGUGCACCAGCCUCUUCUAUGGGCCGAGGUGUGAGGAUGUGGUGGAGAGCUUUGAGAUAGAAAAAACAGUCACUGCAGCCGUGGAAGUGAGCGUGACAGUAACCAGCCAAAACUACAGCGAAAAGCUAGAGGACCCAAAAUCGGAGGAAUUCAAGAAGUUCAAUAAGACAUUCACUGAGCAGAUGAAGAUGAUUUAUGCUGAAAUCCCUGAGUAUGAAGGGGUUGUCAUCAAAUCGCUGCGGAAAGGCAGUAUCGUGGUGGAUUAUGACGUCAUCCUGAAGACCCGGUACACCCCAGAGUACGAAACUGUGUUUCAGAGCAUCAGCAGUAAUAUGAAGGAAAAGAUCGAAAAUGCAACCAAACUUCAAGUAACUGUUAAUAAUAACUGCUCAGCUUUACUGUGUUUCAACUCUACUGCCACCAAGGUGCAAAAUCCAGGCUUCCUGAUUCUUAGCUGUUCUUCCAUGUCCCCCGCAGAGACCUGCCAGCAGCAGGUUGGAGAGGAGUAUGCAAAAUAUGUUUUCACGGAGACCAAGGGUGAUAAGGUGCAUUGUAUCACAGCCUGCUCAGCCGGCUACAAAACCUCCUUGGACUGCCACUAUGGCAAAUGCCAGCUGCAGCGGAGUGGACCCCAGUGCCUCUGCCUGACCACAGACACUCACUGGUACAGCGGGGAAACCUGCGACUGGGGUAUCCAGAAAAGCCUGGUGUAUGGGCUCGUGGGAGCCAAGGAGGCAGUGCUGUUGGUGAUCCUUGUCAUCCUGGGUGUGUUGUCCACACGUUUCAGGAGAGAGGCAAACAGGCAAAAGUUCAAAGUGUCUCAGAUGCAGAAGUGGAAUGAAGAGGAAGGCCGAAACCCUGGAGCCUUCCACAACGUCGGUUUUGACCACAAUGAAGAAGGAGAAAACUAUGUCCACUUGGGCUCCAUGUACAGCAACUUCGAGGCCUCCCUAAGUCAUAUAAACCCUGAAGAAAAGAUCCAGAUUCAGAGGCCUGAGAUAGUCAUGACAUCAUUGUAA